UAUUUGCAAAACAACCGAUCUUAAACUCGGGGAAAGCGAAUGAAAGCUGCUGCUGCUGCUGCUGCUGCUGCUGCUGCAGGACGGUUCAGCUUCCUCAGAGAGAGGGCUGGAGAAAGAAAAUCUAAGAGUGGAUAUCUGUGCGCGUUCAUGAGGGUACUGUAUAAACUCAAAGAGGCAUUUAAUAAAUAGAACAUAUGUUUUUCUUUAACAUAUGUAAGACCGGAGCUCCAUCCAUCCUGUGCGAAAAAUGCGCUGUACCAUGCGCUGAAGCUCUGCGCCUAUUGAAUGUGUCCCCAGUGGGCUUGAAUCGGAGAAGAGCCAAUACAAGCGGAAGGGAGGCGUGUCCUCGCUCUUCCCCAAGACCUCCCAGAGCAGGUUGUUGCGUUUUGGCUCUAAAGCCUGGAGACCUCCGAGGUGCUCGUCAGUUUACGAAGUAGGAGCCAUGGCGACAACAGCUCAGUAUAUUCCGAGGAAUAACUCCUUACCGUCCAACCCGCUCAUGCAUCCGGAUUCGGAUAGGAUGCACCAGGGGACGACUUACAGAGAGGUGCAGAAAAUGAUGCACCACGAGUACUUGCAAGGGCUCGCGGCGACCAACACGGGACACCCGAUGAGCCUGACGCACCACCAGUGGCUGCCCACAUCCAACACCGACUGGUCCAGCGGCACCCACAUCGGGCAGCAGGAGCACAAAGCCAGCGUGCAGGCGAGCCGGGACGACCUGAGCUCCAGCUUCCACCACAGAUCUCACCUUGUGCACCAGCAGACUCAGGGUGGCCACCAUGGCUCGUGGGCGCCUACCACGACCCACCACUUAUCACCGCUGUCCCCAGCAUCUAACGGCCACCAGUCUCUGGUCUACUCCCAGCCCGGAUACACAAACCUCAACGCGAUGCUGAGUCCCCAGCCCGGCUCCCUGCACCACGGCAUGCGGGACCCACUACACGACGACUCGGGCAGCCACGACAACCAGAUGGAGUCGCCCCAGCAAGCGUUCAGCCACCACCAGGACCACUCGGACGAGGACGCGCCCAGCUCCGACGACCUGGAGCAGUUCGCCAAGCAGUUCAAGCAGCGGCGGAUCAAACUGGGCUUUACGCAGGCGGACGUGGGCUUGGCCUUGGGCACCCUGUAUGGAAACGUCUUUUCUCAGACCACAAUCUGCAGGUUUGAGGCGCUGCAGCUCAGCUUCAAGAACAUGUGCAAACUUAAGCCGCUCCUAAACAAGUGGCUGGAGGAGACAGACUCCAACACGGGCAGUCCCACCAAUUUAGACAAGAUCGCUGCGCAGGGCAGGAAACGAAAGAAGAGGACCUCCAUCGAAGUGGGGGUGAAAGGGGCGCUGGAGAAUCAUUUCUUAAAAUGCCCAAAGCCGUCUGCUCAUGAAAUCAGCACUUUAGCCGGCACUCUGCAGCUGGAAAAAGAGGUUGUCCGUGUUUGGUUUUGCAACAGAAGACAAAAAGAGAAAAGAAUGACACCAGUGGGGGUCCCUCACCCGAAUAUGGAGGACGUAUAUUCCCAGGCAGAGACCCCUCCUCUACACCGCACACUACAGAGUCCUGUGCAGUGACUGUUUUCAUGAACAAUCCCAGCAUUUCUGCAGGGGGGAAGAGAAAAAAAGGGAAAGGGACUGUGGAGUUUACAGUAUUUAAGUUUGGCUUUUUGUUUUUUGUUUUUGAUUUUCCUGAGAGAAAAAGAGACAUGGGAAAAGUUGAGCAGAUGAGUUCUACCCUUAGUAUUCGGAGAUUUCCAACAAAUAGAUGGCAAAGAGGGAAAAUGUUUUUAAAAAAAAAAUCAUGAAAAUAGAAAAAAUAUUCGCUAUUAUUGAUUCCGUGCGCAUUUAAAGUGAAACAAAGAUCUUUAUUUACCAAAAUUAUAUGGAGGUGACUUACAUAGGAAGUAAAUUUGAUAUCCCAUGGCUGUUUCUAAUGGGGAGUAAUUAAAUGUGGCAUCUCCUCCUGGUGCACCAUGAACUGUUGGCGCUCACCAGAGCGAGGUGUCCGCCUGAAAACGAUCAAACACUGGAGAUGAAAAAAGCCUUUUUGUUGCUUUUAGGCUUAAAAACUGAUUAACCAGAUUUCUGAAUAUUAGUGUAUGCUUUCUUUGUUAUAUUAAGUGUGUUGUUUUUGGUUUGGAUCUACUUUAACUUCAGUGUCUCUCUUUAUGAUUUCUGUCCUGACUUUAACUCAUCAGAGCAGCCUCCAAUUUCCUCUCUGUUCUCUCAGCUGAUGGUGGGAAAGUGAUGGAAAUUAUGCCACCCGAAAACACACAUAAUUAAAAAGUAAGACCUAUUUAAAGAAAAUAUCCAAUGCAACUGGACACAGGAGUCCUGAAUGCAUGCCUUAAAAGAUAUUUAAAGCUUUGCAGCUGACCACGUCGAAAUUUGCAAAAAGCACCAGACGCUAAAAAGGGCAAAUCUUUUAUUCUGGAGGGGGUUCAUUGUGUUAAAAAAUAUUGUUUUCUCUGCAUGGAGCACUUAUUUUUUUCUUUUAAUUUUAAUUUUUUAAAUUGCAAUUAAGUAUUUCUUUGUGAGUGGAGCUGAUCUCCAUAGACUUCAACACAAUAAAUCCCAUGUUUACAGGUUCCAGUGCGCACUGGUGGUGCGUCAGGCUCACACUGCUUACUGCCUGUUAAUCCUGUUCAGUCCAAACAUUUCAACAGAGAUUGGUCAAAAAUGAAAAGUAAUAAUAACUCAGGUAACUUCAGUGCCCCGUGUCGGAAUAUCACGCCUGUACAUGAUUUUCUUUUUUCUCCUUCUGUGUUUUAUUUUGGAUGUUUCAAAUCUGGUUACAGACACUCCGUUUCCUUUGUCCACACGUCCAUUGUAUUAUACUCCAAAAACGCUGGACUCGGAGGUAGAAAUAAUAACUCCUUGAGGGUAAAAGCAUUGAAGGGAAUUCACUUCAGAUAUAUUUAUUUUUUUUCUGACCUUAAAGGAAAUCUGAAGAAUAAAAAAAAAACAGUCAUGCGUUAUGUGUCAUUCCUCAGCUCAGUGCUGGAGCAGUCCACAAACCUACAGCAGUGCUACUCAACACACAUGAGGAGGGACAACAUUUUUUUUUUUUCAAGAAAAAAUAAUGAUAAUAAUUAAAAAAAGAUUUUAGAGAAAAUGUUGCCAGGAUUAUUUCCGAUAUGUAAAUAUGUCCAAUAUGUAAACUUGUAUUUGUUCUGAGAUAUUGUUUUGUUUUUGUUUCUUUCCGGGCAGUUUUGUACACUUACUAAUUCCAAGAAGAUAUUUUAAUAUGAUUUCAUUUAUGAAUCUGACCAUUUAUAUAUAUAUAUUUAUUUCUUAAACGUGUUUGGAGCUUUUUGUUCAGCUCUGUUAAUGCUUAUGUUGCAGUGGAUUUCAGUCUGUUUCUCUUUUCGUUUACUACAUUGGUUGUAUGUUGAUUGCUAAAUGUAGACUGCAAAGUCACAUUUAUAUUUAUGUUAUAGUAAUAUUUUAUUACUUACAUAAAACAUAUAUACAAGAAAUGGUCUUUUGUCUUCAUUAAGGUCCAAACCACUCGUCCUUUUGUUGCUUGUUGGUUGUAGCAUCAGCAGACAAACAAAGAUGCUCCGAAAGUUUGAUGCUGUUCAGCACACCAUGUGUUCAGUUUAAUAGCUGUGAUUGGUUAUGUAACAGCACGAGCUGCUGUCGACAUGUGCUGUUAAAGGGAAUAGACAACAGUAUUUUACCUCAGGCAUUCCCUGCUAAGUUCACACAGUCUCUGACGUUGUUCACAUCUUUGUGUAAAAAUCGCAGUAUUAAAUUGUGCAAUAUUAAUACGGAA